AUGGCUAAAGGUAAAGAAUACGACAAAUUACUAAAAAAACGCGCUAACGCAGUCAAAGCAUUACAGUAUCAUGAGAAAAAAGUGAAAGACAUGUCAAAAGACGCAUCGAAUGCCGAAGCGUUCAAUCGAAUGUCUGAAAUUGAACAUAGUUAUGAGCGUUUUAAACUGAUAAUAUCGGAAAUGGAAGAAUGCGAUGAAUUUGAUUUCAAUGAUUUAGAUCCUCCGACUGAAGAUAUUAGGGAAAUUUUCAUCACAACAAUGGCAGUUUUGAGAAUCCAUACUCAAGGUGCCGACGGGUCCUCUGUUUUAAAUUCAACCACGAAUACUCGAUCAGAAAAAAAGGUGAAACUACCGGAUAUUGUAAUACCCACUUUCGACGGAAACUAUAAAGAAUGGACAACGUUUUAUGAUUCUUUUCAUUCAUUGAUCGAUCAAGAUACCGAAUUAUGCGAUGUAGAUAAAAUGCAUUAUUUAAAAGGUUUAUUAAAGGGUACAGCAUUUAAAACAAUCAGUAAAUUACCAAUCACAGAAGCGAACUAUAAAAUUGCUUGA